AACCACCAAUCCCACCCCUCUCCUAAUUAAACACCACCACCCUAUCAAAACCCUUCUUCCUCCCAUACACCACUCACUCACUCAUUUAAUUAAUUCACUCACUCUUUCAUUCCAAAUAACACACUUUGUGUUUUUUGUUCUAGCUCCCAUUCUUCACAAUUCCCUCCUCAUCCUAACAAGAAGAAGAUGAAGCUUCUUGGUUGGAUGCACCGGAAAUUUCGGCAAAACAGUGGCGACAUGUUCAAAGAUUUCGCUUCCGCUCAAGCUUGUAACUGUCUUCCCGGGCCGUCGCCUCUUGAUUACAAGGCCCGGCCGCCGGCGAGGGAUCUUGGCCUCCUGGAGGCCGUGGGAGAGGAUGAAGGGGAGCUCUUCGACUCUGGUGCUGUGCUGUUCGGUGGAUUCCUCACCAUUGGAACGCUUGGAUCCGCUCCGAUUCCUGAGAACUCGUCGGGAUCGGGGGAGGAUGAGGAUGAAGAGAUCCCUAAUGGGAUGGCUACGCCGACGUUUGGGGUUCCGUCGGUGGACGCGAUUGCUGAGAAGGGAGCGGAGGCGACGACGGAGACGGAUCUGAUGGUGGUCAGCGCGGAGAUUGAGAAGGUUCUGGCGGCGGAGGCGGAGAAGGGGGUUAACGGCGGUGGAGCGGCACGGAUCUCGUCGGCGAGGGCGAGCUAUGCCAGUGGGAAGUCGGUGGCGGAGGCGUACCCUUUGCAGGGGUACUUGUUUGGAUCGCCGAUCGAGGUGGCGGAGACGAGGAGGGAGAGGAGGGCUUCGUUGGGGGAGCUGUUUUUGAAGACUAGGAUGGAGGAGGAGACGGGUCCCGGCGGAGAGGGGAGAGCGGCGGCAACGGCGUCCGCGGCCGCUGGGAAGAAGGCGGUGAAGCGGCGCUCUGCAGCAAAGGCCUCGGAUUUGGGUGGCGCUGCCGAUGGAUCCUCGCCGGCGGAAACCAAAUUCCACAAGAUCCUGCAGAUAUUCCACAGGAAGGUUCACCCAGAGAGCACAUUGACCACAAAGAAAUCUUUCAAGGCCAUCAAGCAAGACAGUAGGGAAAAUUCAUCCCGUGACGGCGGCGAUCACUCUGGUGUCAUCAAUGUGGAUCACACACUAACUGAUUCAAAAAGAGCUUGUAAAAGAAGGGCCAUCCCAUGCUUCAAGUGUGACUCAAGCAGUCCAUCUCUUAUGGUGGAUGGCAAUGAUCCGAAUGGGACUCGCGAGUAUUGGAUCAAGACCGACGCAGAUUACUUGGUGUUGGAGCUGUAGAAGGAGAAAGAGCUCUCUGCAUGGAACUGAAAAGACAAGAAGGAUUAUAGCCCGAGUGAUAUGAGCAUGAAUAAGUAUUGUGUUUAGUGUGCUAGUAUUACUUAAAGAGGGCUAGUUAAAUACUUAUUAAUGAAUGAUAUUUUGCCCUCUAAUGUGGUUGCAAUAAAAAUGAAAACCGCUUCUCUCUAUGAAAUGCUACUUUGGCUA